CGAUAAUAUAAAUAGGCUAUCUUGAAUUAAUUAGGCUGGCUUAACUCUGCAUUUUAUUUAGGUGAUUUCAGGUGAUUUUCCUAAUUCUAAUUCCUAAUUGUUAGAUUUAUUUUUCCGGAUUUAUUCAUCGCCAAAAUGCCGUUGCCAGCUGCGUUGGCUGCCAAGUUGGCAAAAAGAGGAUUGUUAAAGUCUUCUGCCAGUUCUGAUCCUGUUGAGGAGGUGAUUGCAGAGGAUUACGACGACUCAUCGUCAUCCACCCAGCUCAGCAGACCCAAAAAAAGAAUUACUGAAGUUAGGAGUGAUCACUCAACAUUAAAAGUAAUAGACAAAUCCAAGAACGACAGUCACGAAGAUGCCAACAACGAUGACAACAACGAAAGUGAACUCAUUCAUAAAAUCACUGCCUGCCCCAACAUAGCCAACCCCUACCACAGUUGUGUCGAGUUUUGUACAAAAAAAUGGGGCUAUAAAUUAUUCAAGCCUGAUACGGUGAUGUUAGUGAAGAAAGAAAAGAUGCUGUCGAAAUAUCCAAUCCCCAAUGGGUGGGAAGAAGUGGGUGACCCGAUGACUGGUCGAUAUUACUAUUGGAAUACGAUGACUGACGAAGUUUCUUGGCUACCCCCUGGCCAUCCAAGAGGCAAUGUCACACUUCCUGCUGAAAGAUUGAAAGAGCUGAACACUCCGAUGAACGAGAGGUUGAAGAAAAGAAAGAUUAACAGGAGAGAUUCGGAUGGAGAGGCAUCAGUUGAGGAGGAUGAUGAUGAGGAGGAGGAGGAUGUCGAGGGAACUGAGGCUGAUGACUCUGAUCUGGAACGAGAAAGGAACAGACUGAAGAACAAAAAAGGUAGGAAGCAGGAUGAACUCGAUCCGAUGGACCCAGCUUCGUAUUCGGAUGUGCCAAGGGGAGAUUGGAACACUGGCCUGGACCAGCGUGGAAAUGCCAAAACCGGAGUGGAUGUGACCGCCUCUGGGCCCCUCUUCCAGCAAAGACCCUACCCCAGUCCAGGGGCAGUCCUUAGAAUUAAUAAGGGGGUAACUAAAGAGAAGAAAUAAUGAGGUCGGAUGGUGAUGAGAUAGAGGCGGGAAGGGGUAAAAUUGGGGUAUAAUUAAAAGGUUAUAGGUCAUUCUCUUUUGCACUAGGGGCUGUCUGCACUGCAGAAUUAAGAUGGGGCUCACCGAAGAGGAAGAAAAAAAAUGAAGAUGGUUGUGACGUCAUUCUAUGACGUCAUUAUAACCGUUUUUUUUUGUUAUUGUUUAUGUUUACGUAGGUGUACCAAAGAGUAUAUAUAUUGGAUUGGUACUUGUUGGAUUUCGUUCGUCACUAAUUUUAAUUUUUACGAUUCAAUAAAAUUAAUUUAAAUGUUCAUGAAAUUAAUCCAUUUUGUGGCAUAAAAUCUGAAAAAAUCAUAACGUGUUUAAUUAUGUAAUGUAUGUAUGAAUGAAUGUAUGAAUGAAUGAAUGAAAGAAUGAAUGAACGAAUGAAUUUUCAACAAUGUAACAUGUUAUAUAUUACGGUAACAUGAACUUCUGUCGUUAUGAUAGUUUGAGAUUUUCGUUCUUAACAUUUUUAAACUUGCAGAAAUGAAAAAUUUCAUCCUUUAAGAUGUUUCAAAUGUUUUUUUUAUCUGAGUGUGUAAUUUUAAUUUGGUUAAAGUGUUGAAAUGAUAAUGAAUGAAUGAAUGAAUGAAUGAAUGAAUGAAUGAAUGAAUGAAUGAAUGAAUGAAUGAAUGGAUGAAAAAAUGAGCGAAAUAAUUAUACAAGUAUGAAAAAAGGUUUCUUUUAACGUU